GUGAUAAAAGUGAUUUACGACAAAAAGACUUAUUUAGCAAAGCAUGAAGAAUUGGGAAAAAGUGAGAAAAAAGAAACGAUAAAGGAGAAAGCUUGAAGUAUAUCAAAAUCAACGAGAAUUCUUCGUCCAUGAAAUUUUGAGGUUGAUCACACAAAUAAUGGCAAAUCGUGGGAGAGGUAGAGGAGGGAGGGGAGGUACAUCAAUGUCAAUAUCCUCGGAACAAUUGGGUUUUGGCAAAGGUGAAGCACUUCCACCACCCGUUUUGCAGCCACCGUCGAAAUAUCCCAUUCUUGAUUAUAAACCGAUUCCGUUUGAACUGACCACCGAAUUGUCUUAUCUCGUGGAGUUGAAGCGCGAUUUCGCAGAGUAUUUACGAGAAUCGUCAUACAACGUUCAAUCAAAAGUCGUAAAGAAAGAUAUAGAGCGGUAUUCGGACCGUUAUCAAGAAAUGGUGAGCGACAAAGUUGCUUACGAGGAAAAAUAUAAUUGGUUUAAAAUGCCGGCAGAGCUGAAAUCCAAAAGUCGCAAACGUCAAGUUGCCAAAGCCAAGGAUCCUUCCGUAUCGUCUGUCAAAAAGAAAAAGGAAGUCGACAUCGAUAAAAAACUUCAGGAACUGGAGCAAAAAGAAAAUAUCCAGCAGAGCGACGUUGAAGAGGAUGAUAAAGCUGAGGACGAAACAGAAGAAAAAGACCCUGACAAUGUCCCUGAGGAAGAAGACGAAGAACCCGACGAGGAAAUGGACGACGGGACGGAUUAUGUUAACAAUUACUUUGACAACGGAGAGGGAUAUGACGACGAAGAUGAUAAUCUCGAUGAUGGACCGAUCUACUGAUUACUCCAGGUUCCAAACCCUCUUCCAAUUCUCAUGCCUUUGCUCUUACCUCAUGCUCCAUAAAUACGAUCAAAACCCAUCUUCGAUGAAAGUUUUGGCCUAAUUUUGUCCCAAGUAACUAGACAAUGUAAAAUAUGUAUAUAAAUGAAUUGUCCAAAUACAGCCAAUACGGAUGCGUAUAAAAGGUA